UUCCGGUCACCAUGGCGACGGAGCGCCUUGGUGUCGGGGAGACGCUGGAGGCUCUGAACGCGGCGCUGGGGCCCGGCGGCCCGGUGUGGUUCAAGGAGACUCACGCCCGGCACCUGCGUGCCCGCGACUUCCUGGUGCCGCGGCGCGCUCUGCAGGCGCGCUUCGAGGACGGGCAGGUUCCCGAGCACGUGUUCCGUGCUGUCUCCGGCCUGCAGGGCCCUGGUGUAGCCCCGGUGCGGGCCUGCGCGCUGACCCCCGCGGGCCUGGCGCUGCAACUGCAGCGGCCCGUCGUCUUCGAGCGGGUUCUCGGCGCUGUGGCCGCCUACGCCUCGCCCGCCUCGACGGGCCCGCGCGUCGUCCUCCAUUGCCCGGCUCUGCGCGGCGCCCCAGGCGCGCUCCGCCUCAGCCAGCUGCGUGCGGUGCUCGUGGCGGAUCACCUGGCGCGAGCACUGCGUGCCCAAGGGGUGUGUGCGCGCCGGGUGCCUGCUGUGCGGGACCCGCACAUGCUGACUUUCCUGCAGCAGCUGAGGGUGGACUGGCCUGCAGCCUCGCCGACUGCCCCCUCGACCGGAACCCUGCGGAGCCGCGCCUUUGCAGAGCUUAGCCCAGCUCCGGACGCGGGGAUGCUGCCCCCCGGCGUCCUGGGCAGGCUGUCCCUGAAGGAGCUGGUGGAGGAACAGGGCCGCGCCGCUGGCUAUGACCCCAACCUGGACAGCUGUCUGCUGACUGAGGACCUGCUGUCGGCGCUGGCUGAGCUGCAGGAGGCCGUGCGGCACUGGCCUGAGGACAGCCCCCCGAGCCUGGCCGCAGCCCCAGGUGCUGGCGCCGCUGGCUGCGUGGUUGUGCACGUGCUGAGCUGCGAGGAUGAGUUCCAGCAACAGAAACUGGACCUGCUUUGGUGGAAGCUGGAUGACCAGGCUCCUCCCAGACAGAAGCACCUGGUCUGCGGCCCUGUGAAAGCAGCGGGUGCUGCGAUGACUGCCCCCGAGUACUACGAGUUCCGCCAUGCCCAGGUAUGCAAGGCCUCAGCACUGAAGCGUGGUGGGGACCCGGCCCAAGACCCAGCCUGGACAGAGAUCGCCGGGGUCCUCUCUGUGGCCACCAUCAAGUUUGAGAUGCUGAGCACAGCUCCGCGGAGUCAGCUCCUCCUGGCUCCGGCGGACAGCAGUAUCUCCACAAAAGGCACAAAAAGUGGCAUCUUCGUCAUGUAUAACUGUGCCCGGCUCGCCACGCUCUUUGAGAGCUAUAAGCGCAGUGAAGAACAGGGUCUCUACCCUCCUUUCCCCCCCGUGGCCAGUCUGGACUUCUCACUGCUCCAGGACGAGGGUGAGUGGCUGCUGCUCUUCAAUGGUGUCUUGCCCUUCCCGGAGCUGCUGAGCCAGCUGGCAGUCAUGGUCCCUGCCACCCCGGGGCUCCACCUCCCUGCCCGCACAGAGACGGUGUGCAAGUUCCUGGUGCAGCUCAGCAUGGACUUCAGCUCCUACUACAACAGGGUGCACGUCCUGGGGGUGAGUACACAGCCGGGGCAGGGGUGCGGAGGAAAGGCAGGGGGGGGCGGAGGGCGAGACCAGCCGGCCCCUUCUCCUGCAGGAGCCUCGGCCCCAUCUCUUCGGUCAGAUGUUUGCCCGGCUGCAGCUUCUGAGGGCCGUCCGCGAGGUGCUCCACGCGGGCCUGGCUCUGCUGGGCCUCCCUCCGCUGAGCCACAUCUGAGGCCCCAGGGCCUCCGAUCUGGGAAUGUUCACAGACUCAUCGACUGGAAAGCGAACAAAACGCCACACAUGUUGUUAAAAGCCUGGAGCCAUAAUAAAUAGUUUGUUAUAAAACUUUCUCCUGUUGUAGGACAAGGGGGGUGAGGCCUUGGUUUGCCGGGACAGCCCUCUACUCACCUCUCGC